GAGCGAGAGCUCCGUAGUCACUACUCACAACUGCACCAAAUACAGAUCCACGACUCUCUCUCUCUCUCUCUCCAAGAACAUCGUCAGCUAUACUUCUCGCUUUGUAACUACUAUUGCAUUUUCUGCCACAGCCCCCCCCCUCUCUCUCUCUCUGUGUUAUCCAUGGUCUUUCUUUCAGAUUCGUCGAUAUGAAUCGCAUCUCAAGGGAUUCUUUGGCCGGAGGGAGGAUUGUUCCGGCGGGAUCGCAACUCCGGAGAGGUCGGAGCAUCGCUGCCAUCUCGAGAGAUACGGAUGAAAACUUGGAUCUCUUCUCCAGGAACCGCCGGAGCCUCCCCAUCACUUCAUCUGACGAACCAGACGUGUCGACGAAAUUGGGGAGAAUAUCGGUUGGACCAGUAAAACUAGCGAGGAAUGGAAUCGACGAUCUACUCUCUUCAGUGGAUGGGGGAAAGCAUGAUUAUGACUGGCUUCUCACCCCUCCUGAGACACCUCUUUUCUCUUCAUCAGAUACAAGUGAGUCCCCUCCAACCUUACUGGCUCCAAGAAGCAGUUCCUUGGUUAGAUCAGUUUCCACAACUAAGACUUCAAGGCUUUCUAUGACACACUCAGAGAACAACUAUUCAUCAAGACCAACAAGAAGUGGUUCUGUUACCCGUCCUUCCAUUUCUACCAUGCACUACACUACCUACUCAUCUAGCUCCAACAGAUCUUCCUCAAUUCUCAACACAAGCUCAGCAUCAGUCACAUCUUCAUCCAGGCCAUCCACCCCUACUACCCGCUCUACUACGAGACCUUCCACCCCAUCUGCUCGGCCAUUGUCAUCGCGACCAUCCACACCAACCAGAUCCCAUCCUGGCCCCAACAUCUCUUCCGUUGAUAAGCCAAGAGUGUCCCAAAACUCAAGGCCUUCUACCUCAAGUUCUAGGCCUCAAGUCUCUGCAAACUUAAGUUCUGCAUCUCGACCAAACUCACGGCCAUCAACUCCUACCCGUCGAACCCAAACAGCAGCUCCAGGGCCAGCUCCAGUGGUAGCUCGCUCAGCAUCUGUUGGGCGGGUCCUUCCAAAUGGCCGAAGCACAGCACCUGCUUCCCGAGGAAGCUCCCCAGGCCCAAGGGCCCGGCCAUCACCACAGCCUAUUGAUCUUCCUGAUUUCCCACAUGAUACACCACCAAACCUGAGGACCACAUUGCCAGAUAGGCCCAUUUCUGCUGGUAGGUCUCGGCCAAGUGUUGCUGUCACGGUCAGGGGAAACUUAGAGACAUCUGGGCCUGUGAAUCCACCAAGAAGGCAGUCAUCACCUAUUGUUUCAAGGGGAAGACUUGCAGAACUUUCAGGGAGGGGCCGCUUGCACACCAAUGGACAUGAUGUUGAGGCACCUGAAUUGCAGAAGACACCGCCAGUGUUGGAGCCUACAGUCCGGAGACUAACAAAACCCACAACUACUAGUGAGAGUACUGGAUUUGGAAGAACAAUCUCAAAAAAGUCACUUGACAUGGCUCUCAGGCAUAUGGACAUCCGAAAUGGCACAGGGAGCGUCCGUUCUCUGUCUGGAACUACUCUUUUCCCUCAGAGCAUCCGCAGUAACCUAAAAAGCCAACCUAUUCGUGUCUUGGAUGCUUCGUCUUUCCUCAGCAGUAAUGGUGCCCCACCCGCCAGCAGUAAUGGAGGCAUCUCAGAGAAUGGAAACUGUAUUGAUAAGUCCCUGCAUAAUGAGGCUGAGGAAGGUGAUGGUCGGCUUUCAGCAAAACUGAGUCAAAUGGACAUUUACGAGAGCUCCCGUUAUGAUGCAAUUCUGCUCAAAGAGGACCUGAAGAACACUAACUGGUUGCACAACGUUGAUGAUAAGUCUGAUAAGGGGAUCACCUUCGAUCACCGGUUUGAGCCACUUCCUGAGCCAUUUGGUCUUCUAUAAUCUCUAAAAUGGCUGUGAUGUUGAUGCCCUUUUUCCUUCGUUUCUUUUAUUUUUGUUUUUAGUUAUUAUUUUUCCAAGAUGGAAACCAUCAAACUGUCUCUCUCUCUUUCUCAGGUUGUCCCUUUUGGUAGUACGACUUCAUUUGUACCAUAAGGGUUUUAUGUUUUGUACCCUUUGUAUAAAAAGUAAAACAGUAAAUAGAGAGGAUGAUGAUGAAAUAAUAUUUCAGUGAAUCUAAGGUAGACACUAGAGAGUAAUUGUCCA